UUCGACACCUUCAACAUUUAUAGAUUUUUCGCGGUGGUUACGUGAAUGUGCGAUGUUAAUUUCGCCUGACGAUAUCUUAUUUUUCUUUUUCUUAAAACGAGUAUCUGAGGCUUUUAAAACAAGUCGGGCAACCGGAAGCUGCACGGUUCAGAUAAAACAUGGAGGACUACACUUAACUCAAGAAGUGAAGAAACAUGCCGUUACCAUCGCUAUAUGUGCAAAUCACACCGAUUUAGAAAUCUCUAAUUUGCAAAACGCAAAAAACACGUGCAACGUUCUGACACUGUCCGAUCUGCAGAAUUUAUUCAAAAAGUGCAAACGAUCAUUGACGAGGACCCUUGCGAGGAAGCUUAAUGUUUCUGACCGUCUUAUCCGUCGACUUGUCCAAGAUCUCUGAUAUAAAUCCUACG